AUGGUGUUCGACGGAAAGCGCACGCGAGACGCGCGCGAGACGACGACGACGACGACGACGACGGCGAACGGUGGACGGAUGAUCGACGCGAAGCGGGCGAGGAAGGCGUUCAUGAGCGCCGAGGCGUCGAAGGUGUUCGCGGAGGACGUGGAGCGGAAGCGGGAGAUGAACGACGACGAGGGCGCCGACGGCGGGAUGUCGGCCGAGCGACUUCGAGCGUUCAGAGAGGAGGUUCGUCGAUUCGGCGCCGCGGGUCUGUCGAAGUGGGACAGACAAGAGCUCGAGACCGAAAGAUUGAUCGAGCUCGGGAUGAAGCCGAAGAAGGCGCCGAGGAUGGCGCCGUCGUUGGGGUUAGGAUUGAACAAGGCGAACGAAAAGCGCGAGGAGGCGAAGCGGCAAGAAAUGUUUGCGCUCGGAUACAAACUGGAGAAGAAGUCGAAGAAGGGUAACGAUGGCGCUAAGGAUCGCGAUCGUGGUCUCGCCUGGGGUGACUCUACUUUUAGCAACGGCGUGCUCAAGGUGAAAAAGAGGGACAUGGUGAACGCGGAUAAGUUUGUGGACACAAAGGCAAUGCUGCGAUCCGGCCCGAGCGGUCGCGGUGGGUCGUCUGGCGGGAAGAAGAAGAGUGGAAAGAAGAAGGCUGGUCGUAAAUCCAAGCGAUAG